AAAUCGAAGCCGGUGAAGAUACUACUGCUGGGUCAGAGCGAGUCCGGAAAAUCGACUACUUUGAAGAAUUUCCAACUCAUCAAUUCUCCGAAAGCAUUCAAGUCCGAGCGUGCCUCAUGGAGGGCUGUCGUGCAUCUCAACGUCGUCCGCUCCAUGCGGCUGAUCAUCAGCGCUCUCAACGAAGCUGAAGCAUCCAACUCAUCCACCUUCUCACGCGCCGCCGACGAUCCAGUGUACCCAGAUCUGACACCCGAACUCCGCAAGUGAAGAUGCGUCUCCUUCCGCUACAACAAGUCGAGGAAGCCCUCCUCGGCAAGCUCUCUCCCUCUAGCAAGAUCAAGAACGAGAAUGGGGAGGAAGACCCCGCUCCUUUGCCAGAGGUUUCUGUGCAUUCGGCUACUCAAUGGAAAGGUGCAUUCACUCGCCUCAUGAACAAUGUUCGAGGCAGUGUGGAUGGACCUGAGGCCAAUGAGCCCAUGGACUCCAGAGAAGCACGGCAACUCCUACAUGCUUGCGCUGAGGAUAUGGUCGAACUUUGGCAAGACCCCACUGUAAAGGAUGUUUUGAGAGCUCAUCGACUGCGACUGGAGGAUAUGGCCGGUUUCUUCCUCGACUCGAUCGAGAGAGUGACCGCGAUGAAUUACGAGCCGUCCGAUGGCGUAUCCGAGCAUCACUUCAAUUUCAAGUCUUCUUCAACGGGUAACAUGGUUCCUCAUGACUGGGUGAUAUACGACGUCGGAGGUGCCAGGUCAUUGCGAGCCGCUUGGGUGCCUUAUUUUGACGAUAUGGAUGCCAUCAUCUUUCUAUCGCCGAUAUCCUGCUUUGACCAGGUCUUAGCCGAAGAUGAGUCCGUCAAUCGGCUGGUAUUGAAGACUGCUCUCCAGAUGAUCGACUGCCCUUUGCUGAAAGAUACCAGUCUCAUCCUGUUCUUGAACAAGUGUGACAUGCUCAAGGCCAAGCUUGCCUCCGGUCAGAAAUUCGCCGAAUAUGUUAUAUCCUAUGGGGAUCGUCCCAAUGAUUUUGAAAGUACUUCCCAAUGUGCGAUCGAUUUUUCUUUGGUUGUGCUUGAUGCAUGUGCUAACCGCGCUGCAAGACAUGAGGAAGAAAUUCAGCAUGAUCGCAAAGCAGCACUCGCCCCAACCCAGAAGCUUUUAUACAUACCUGACCUCCGUCACGUGUUCGUGACAUGCUCGUCCGCCAGAAUCUCGAGAAGAGUCGUCUUGUUUGAUGCUUUGGAUCUUGGAACUAUCUUUAUCAGUCAUGGAAUCAUCUUCAUUUUCAUCUUGUCAAUCAUCUGGAAUCCUCUUUAUCUUACUAGUGACUCUGAAAUGCUCGUGGAGGACUGCACCAAUGAAAAGGCGCGUCCAUUCUCAUGUGUAUUGGAACACGGACGUCUCGAAAACUGCACCGACUGUUUCCCUCAAGAUCACCUGGAGCUUCCCAGCGAAGAACACGAUCGCGAGGGAGACAAGGAAAGCGAGAGAAACAAUUCAGAUGAAGAGAGUCCACCGGACGCGAAAGAGUGCAUUGAAUCCCUCGUUCUAUCCUUUCUACAUCAACUUGCUUUUCCUUUCGACCGAGAUCAGGAAGAUGAAGAUGAUGAAAGAACAUCGGACUCGCAAUCAGAUGAGCCCAGACAGAAGAAACAGCGGAAGAACAAAUGCAAAGCGAAGCCGAUUGAGUUGCAGGUCUCGGACAGAAAAGCAGGAGGCAAAACGGGCCACGGGGAGCGCAAGAUCUUUCGCACAGCUUUUUCGCGUCCUGGAUGUGAUGCACGAGUCCGUGUUGGAUGGGGCGACAGCGACGAAACGCUUGUAGACGACCUCGCGGCGACUUUUGAGCUUGAGAGAGCUGACUUGAAUGUACGCGCGACUGCAAAGGGUCUCUGCUGCGGAUCUGGGUUCAGUCUACGUCUGAUGUCGGGGACGAUAGUCCAAGCCACGGAUACGGAGGGCAUUCUGAUUCCACCGGGAGAAGACAUCGCUAGAAUUGAAGUCGGAGAGGAUAUUGGCUGGGUAUUGGCCGUUGAGAAAGAUGCGGUCUUCCAAACCCUAUCGAAAGCACGUAUCACAGCGCACCCGAAUCUCCCUCGUGGCAUUCUGCUCACGGGAAAAGGGUAUCCUGAUCUGGCGACGCGCUCACUGUUGGCCGCGCUCUCAGCUUCCCUACCUGCUAAAGUAUGCAUCUUGGGGUUGGCAGAUGGAGAUCCGCACGGCGUGGACAUCCUGGCUGUUUAUCGGUUUGGAAGCCAGAGGAUGAAUCACGAGCGUGAGAGUCUUCGAGCUUCAAGGCUGAAGAGUAUCGGAGUCUGGGCAGGCGAGAUAAUAGACAAAUACGGGGUCGAACGAGAUGCGCUCCUUCCCAUUACAGUCCAUGACCAGAAGAAAGCCCUUACGAUGCUCCAGAGGACUGAACUCCCUAAUCGAUGGAAGAGAGAACUAUCGUUGAUGCUGCAAACUCGGAAAAAAGCGGAGAUUGAAGUGCUAGAAGGGCGUUUGCUGGACUAUGUGGUUGGAAAGAUCAAACAAAAAGUGGAAAAUGUUGUUAGCACCGUCAUGAACGUUCGCCCGCCUCCUGCGCGGCCUCACAUUGCGAUUCACCCGUCGACCUAUUCCAACUCCUCAUCACGUAACGAAUGGGACGAUGCAUGGGACAGCGGCUCGGAUAGUGACGAGGACGCCAAGUACCGAGCGUCGACAUCGAACUUGCACCGAAUGUCUAAUACAUCAUCAACAUCCUUCAACCCCCGCUCGUCGACGUCUUCGUUGAGACAGGGUGCCGUUGCGGUGCCAAUCAAACAUAAGGAAGCUUCCGCAUCGACCUUGGCGUUCUCCUACACACAUGUCUCAGCUCCCAAUCCAAGCUCAUAUCCACCCAAAAAUGGCUGGACGAUAGUAAAGACGAAGGGAUGCGAUGAGGGGGGUGGCAGCAGCCCAGACGCUGGUGAUGAUAUAUCUAGGAGUGGGCAAGGAGAAGCUGACAACGAUGCCGAUGUCGAAGGGGACAUGAUUUUGGGGGAGAUGGAUCCAGACGCGAUGGAGGCGAUGGCUGUCAUACCACCCAAGCCGCGUGCGGACCAAGGUGUCGUUCGACAAGACGUGCUCGACAUCGUCAAUGAUCCUCUCGUCGCUGUUCGAUUGCGCCCAAGGCGGAAAGAUCCAUCCCCCACUCGACCAAGUUCACCUAAUUCACCUCAAAGCCGAGAACGCUCUGAAAAGCUGAUGCGUGAACGUUCGAUACGCACCAGUCGACGACACAAAUUCGUCGAAUGUCUUUCUGCUCAGGACGUCAGCAUCGCGGAGCUGCGAAAGUUGUCCUGGGCUGGAAUACCAGCCGACUUCCGACCUAUGGCCUGGCAACUCUUGCUGGGCUAUCUCCCUCUCCCCACCCCGCUACGCGCAGUUACUUUGGCCCGGAAGCGUUCAGAAUAUCAAUCUCUUGUCGAAGUCGCGUUCGCGCGCAAUCGAGAAGGUCUAGACCAGCAAAUAUGGCAUCAAAUUGAGAUCGACGUCCCGCGCACACGUCCUGGGGUGCGUUUAUGGAUGCAUGCUGCCACGCAACGUCUCCUGGAACGGGUGCUAUACGUUUGGGCGAUCCGACAUCCUGCCAGCGGUUAUGUGCAGGGGAUCAAUGAUCUCGUUACACCGUUUGUGCAGGUGUUUCUUUCCGCAUAUGUUGAUUCAGAUCCGGAACUGUUUGACCCAGCAAUCCUCCCCCAGAGCGCAUUGGAAGCUGUGGAGGCGGAUGCAUUUUGGUGUCUCAGCAGGCUUCUGGAUGGCAUCCAAGACAACUACAUCAGUGCCCAGCCCGGCAUCCAACGUAGUGUUCGACGCAUGUCAGAGCUUGUCGCUCGAAUUGAUGCGCCCCUCUCGACGCACUUGGCAACGGAAGGAGUGGAAUUCAUGCAAUUUGCCUUCCGGUGGAUGAAUUGUCUUCUAAUGCGCGAGAUCAGCGUGCGGAACACGGUUAGGAUGUGGGACACUUACUUGGCAGAAGGACCGGAUGCUUUCUCGCAGUUCCACCUCUAUGUCUGCUCGGCCUUCCUUGUCAAGUGGAGUGAGAAACUGCGCCAGAUGGACUUCCAGGGCAUCAUCAUGUUCUUGCAGUCGCUGCCGACCCAAACCUGGGGAGACCAUGAGAUCGAGAUGCUUUUGAGCGAGGCGUUUGUGCUCAACUCGAUCUGGGCCAAUGCGCAGAGUCAUUUUGGUGCUCCCGGCUUGUAACUCGUGUAUCGUACAAUCUCAAUGUGAAAAAGUUGAUAUCUAUGUUCUAAACGCUAAUGCGAGUGUUUUCAAAUUAUUGACUACAAGGUGGUAAACGUACAACAUACAGUAGUACAUACGAGCUACAGUGAAACAAGCAAAAUUAUUCCCAAUUAAAAUCCCUAGAAUUGUCGCGUCUUCGGGCCAGUGCCAGCACCGGCUGCGUCCAAUCGCCUCAGCAAUUGUUGGGCGAGUAGAGCUUCCUCGACGUCAAUCGCCGAGUCGUAGCCGUCUGCCGGUGGCGAGCUGCUGAACAACGCUCGGUCCGAUUUGGAAGGCUGCAGCGGACGUCGCCCAGAGAACUUGGGUGGGACGCGGACACGUGUUCUUGUUCUGGGCAGCGCAAUCGGCGGCGUCAACGGGAGAGAUCCCCAGGCACUCAGCCGUGUGGGACGAUGUCCCUCCUCAGAGCUGGGAACGUGGCUGAUUCGGAUCGACGAAGGUGGGGUCGCAAAAGGGUCUUUUAGAUUCUGACAGUCCUCUGUUCCGGGACUGAUUGAGCGAAAGAGUUGGGCGCUUGGUAUGGGCUUCCGCUGGGGCCGUGGCGACGAAAAAGAGGAUGAACGGGAUCCCGACUUGGCCUGAUGACCACGCGGUGGGGUUGGUAUGAACGCAGUUGCUUCUGAUGCCGUUGUGAGCAUCGUUGAGGUGUGAAUGGACGAUUCCGUAGAUCUCGAAGAGUGGUGCACGAGUAGGAAAAACUCUAUCGCACGUUGAGUUAUGAGUAUAACAUGGUAACGGCACGACACUUACGAAAGAAUGCGGCGAUAGUGCAGAUUGUCCAUAACACCAAAAAUGCAUUGCCCACAAUCCUGAAAAUCAAAGAUUCUGGCAUCGAGUGUACAGCGGCUGCGAUUUCCAAGCACAGAUGGAGCACGGCUGAUACAUGUCCGAACGCGACACAAACCGAAAUGCUACGAGGAGCAGGCGAUGAAAGAGCCAAAGUCUCGACUUCAGGGGAAUGUCAGCGAAUAUUCGAGGUUUCUCCGACGACGAUCGCGGAUAUGAAGAUGGUGAUGACAGGACAAUCUGUGGUGCCAAACAUGCUCCAGAAAUGUUGAGACCGGAUAGGUGCCCCAGCACCAGGAUGGGAACGGCGAGAAUGAUCGCGACGAGAUACAAAACGGGAGCGAUUAGAAGUGGGACGGGCUUGAACGAGCCGACGAUCGAGGUCAAGGUAGC